ACGGCCGUCUAAAUACAUGGCAGGAAACACUUGAUUCUGGUUUUUCGCAAAUUGCGAUCUUCAGCUGUAGAGAGAGAAUCUGAAUCGAAGAAAAUGGCAGCCAAUUUUUGGACUUCAUCACACUACAAAGAACUUCUAGACCCAGAAGAACUGGAUGUUGUUCACCCAUUAGAUAGGGAGAGAGGCAUCACGCUUGAGGAUUUCAAGCUUGUCAAGAUGCACAUGUCAUAUUAUAUUUCCAGAUUGGCCCAAAACGUGAAGGUGAGGCAAAGGGUUAUUGCAACGGCUAUCACAUACAUGAGACGUGUUUAUACAAGGAAAAGUAUGACAGAAUUUGAUCCACGUCUCGUGGCUCCUACUUGUUUGUACUUGGCUGCGAAAGCAGAAGAAAGCACAGUACAAGCUAGGCUUCUUGUGUUUUAUAUCAAGAAAAUGUAUUCAGAUGAGAAAUACAGAUUUGAAAUAAAGGAUAUACUUGAAACGGAAAUGAAGAUACUGGAAGCACUGAACUAUUACUUAGUUGUAUUCCAUCCUUAUCGUCCAUUAACUCAAUUGCUUCAAGAUGCUGGAUUGAGUGAUGCUACUCAGAUGUGCUGGGGUCUUGUUAACGACACAUACAAGAUGGAUUUAAUCCUAGGCCAUCCCCCGCACUUGAUUGCUUUGGCGUGUAUAUAUGUAGCAAGUGUUCUAAAAGAUAAAGAGAACACUGCCUGGUUUGAAGAGCUUCGAGUUGACAUGAAUGUGGUAAAGAAUAUUGCAAUGGAAAUACUAGAUUUCUACGACAACCACAAAAUAAUGGCAGAGGAUAGCAGGUUUCAAUCUGCCAUGUCGAAGCUGCCAAUGAGGCAGUAAAUGUGCAGUAACAGAGAUUCUGAUAUGCUGGAGAAGAUGACCACAACCCUCAAACCUUAGUACAAUCACCUGCCAUGACAAUCUUCAUCUGCAACUGAUUAAAUAUGAAUUUCCUCAUCUUCUUGUUGAAUCGCGGGUUUAAGCAAUAGUAUAUCAGGUUAUACUGAGGGACGGGUUUGAGACCAUCUUCUUCGAUAAAACAAGACAUCCUUGAAGCAUCUAAACCAGGUAGGUGAACUAAUUUAACAUGCAUAUUAUUAUUUUAAAAGAUUGAGAUAAUACUUUUCUUUUUGGACCGGACUUGAUCCCACUAAAACCCUUGAUAGAAUUGUAGGGAGUGUUAUGUAUUAGCAGUUAUGUGAAAAUGAUUUGCUUUGGUCCUAGUAGCUUGAUUUGGUUUAAGCUCUCAUUU